UCAAUGUUGUCAUUAAAUUUGAUUUGACUGAAGGCAAAAUCUGUGUGAAACUUUUUCAGCAAGAAAUAUGGCUGGUGCACUGACAAGAGUGAUUCAGGGCACAAAACCACAUUUGGGCAUUAUUGGGCCUUUGGCAAUUAAUGUCAACAAUGUACCGGUGCGCUUCCAGCAGACCCAGGCGCCUUCAAAAGACAAGUAUGGACCGCUGGCCGAUAGCGAUCGGGUUUUCACAAACUUGUAUGGUCGACAUGAAUGGAGGUUGAAGGGUGCUCUCGCCCGAGGGGACUGGUAUUUGACGAAGGAGAUUUUACUGAAAGGAACCGACUGGAUCGUUAAUGAAAUGAAAACAUCUGGCCUUCGAGGCAGGGGAGGAGCAGGUUUCCCAACAGGAAUGAAGUGGUCAUUCAUGAACAAGCCUUCGGAUGGUCGUCCAAAAUAUCUCGUGGUUAAUGCUGAUGAGGGUGAACCUGGUACUUGUAAAGACAGGGAGAUUAUGCGUCAUGACCCCCACAAACUGGUGGAAGGAUGCCUAAUUGCUGGCCGAGCCAUGGGUGCACAAGCAGCAUACAUUUACAUCAGAGGUGAAUUCUACAAUGAAGCAAGCAAUUUGCAAGUUGCUAUUGCUGAGGCUUACCAAGCUGGUCUCAUUGGUAAGAACUCUUGUGGUUCUGGUUAUGACUUUGAUAUAUUCGUACACCGCGGUGCCGGCGCAUACAUCUGUGGUGAGGAGACAGCUCUCAUUGAGUCCAUUGAGGGCAAACAAGGCAAGCCGAGGCUCAAACCUCCUUUCCCCGCUGACGUGGGUUUGUUCGGUUGUCCCACCACUGUCAACAAUGUAGAAACAAUCGCGGUAGCGCCCACGAUCUGCAGGCGUGGCGGCAAGUGGUUCGCUUCGUUUGGGCGCCAACGUAACUCUGGCACGAAGCUGUUCAAUAUAUCGGGUCACGUGAACACGCCGUGCACCGUGGAGGAGGAGAUGAGCAUCCCGCUCAAGGAGCUCAUCGAGAGGCACGCGGGCGGAGUCACCGGCGGCUGGGACAACCUGCUCGCCAUCAUACCAGGAGGCUCCUCGACGCCGCUCAUACCCAAGAACGUCUGCGAGACAGUGUUGAUGGACUUCGACGGUCUAGUAGCCGCGCAGACCUCCCUGGGCACGGCGGCCAUAAUUGUCAUGGACAAGUCAACUGACAUCGUGAAGGCCAUCGCUCGACUCAUCAUGUUCUACAAGCACGAGUCCUGCGGCCAGUGCACUCCUUGCCGCGAAGGUGUCUCCUGGAUGAACAAGAUUAUAUACAGAUUCGUCGAUGGUAAUGCUUCACCGAAAGAAAUCGACAUGCUGUGGGAAAUUUCGAAACAAAUCGAAGGGCACACGAUCUGCGCUCUGGGCGACGGAGCCGCGUGGCCGGUGCAGGGACUCAUACGUCACUUCCGGCCCGAGCUCGAGCGACGCAUGCAGGAGUACUCGGCCGCACACGGACCGAGCAAAGCCGAGCGCCUGUACUAGUAGUGCAUACGCGCCGAACGUCAACCUGACUUUGAGAGUAUCGAAGGAACCAUUGUACAGAGAAAGAUGCAGCGAGAUCAUAUUAGUGUAAUAAUAAACGGCGAUCUAUGAAUAAAUCUUUUUUUUGUUAA